GUACCCAUCAAUCCCAUUGUCCAAUCAACGAUGUUGCUACGUGAGGGCCGAAUCCCUCUUCAACCUUCUGCUUUCUGGAGGGGCACCUUCAACUAGCUCUGGCAGUGGCUUCCUUAGUUGUAAAGAAUAAGUGGAAAUAACACUUUUAUACAGACACGAUGUCUUUUUUGACUGUUAGCAGGCUAGCACCCAAACUCCUCAAUUCAAAGAAUGCCACCUAUUUCCUUGUGGCUGCUAGAUAUGCUAGCGCAUCAACAACAAAUCUGAAGGAUGUUCUGGCAGACCUCAUCCCUAAAGAACAGACCAGGAUCAAGAACUUCAAACAACAGUAUGGCAAAACCAAUAUAGGACAGAUUAGUGUUGACAUGGUCUAUGGAGGUAUGAGGGGAAUGAAAGGUCUGGUAUAUGAGACCUCUGUGUUGGAUCCUGAAGAGGGCAUCCGUUUCCGGGGUUACAGUAUUCCCGAAUGUCAGAAGUUGCUGCCUAAAGCUCCAGGAGGUGAGGAGCCGCUGCCUGAGGGUCUGUUCUGGAUGCUGGUUACAGGACAGGUGCCCACUGAGGAGCAGGUGAACUGGGUGUCCAAAGAAUGGGCAAAGAGAGCAGCACUUCCCUCUCACGUCGUCACCAUGUUGGACAAUUUCCCCACAAACCUGCACCCCAUGUCUCAGUUCAGUGCUGCCAUCACAGCUCUGAAUAGUGAGAGCAGCUUUGUACAGGCGUACUCCGAGGGUGUCCACAAGUCCAAGUACUGGGAGUUUGUCUAUGAAGACUCUAUGGACUUGAUUGCCAAGCUGCCUUGCAUUGCUGCCAAGAUUUACCGGAACCUGUAUCGUGAAGGCAGUAGUAUUGGAGCCAUCGACUCCAACCUGGACUGGUCCCACAACUUCACCAACAUGCUGGGCUACAGUGAUCCCCAGUUCACUGAGCUAAUGAGGCUUUACCUCACCAUCCACAGUGAUCAUGAAGGAGGCAAUGUCAGUGCCCACACCAGCCACUUGGUGGGUAGUGCCCUGUCUGACCCCUAUCUGGCCUUCAGCGCUGCUAUGAAUGGUCUGGCUGGUCCUUUGCACGGCCUGGCCAAUCAGGAGGUGCUGGUAUGGCUGACGUCCCUGCAGAAGGAGAUGGGAGGAGAGGUGUCAGAUGAGAGGAUGAGGGAUUACAUCUGGAACACACUCAAGUCUGGAAGGGUUGUACCAGGUUAUGGCCAUGCUGUCCUGAGGAAGACUGACCCACGCUACACCUGCCAGCGUGAAUUUGCCCUCAAGCACCUUCCCAACGACCCCAUGUUCAAGUUGGUUGCCCAGCUUUACAAGACUGUGCCCAAUGUGCUCCUGGAGCAGGGCAAGGCCAAGAACCCCUGGCCCAAUGUGGACGCUCACAGCGGAGUGCUGCUGCAGUAUUAUGGAAUGACUGAAAUGAAUUACUACACUGUGCUGUUCGGUGUGUCCCGAGCCCUCGGCGUGCUGGCUCAGCUGGUGUGGAGUAGAGCCCUGGGCUUCCCUUUGGAGCGCCCCAAGUCCAUGAGCACAGAUGGACUGAUGGCACUGGUGGGAGCUAAAUCAGGCUGAAGAACCACCUGAAAGGAGCUGGGGGUUAGGGUAAAGGGUGGGAGGAGGUGGAAACAUCACAAGGCAGACAUACGUUGACCCCCUGUCAUUUUCAACCCCAGGGAUUCCAUGGGAUUCGAAGAGACAGUACACUUUUAAUGCCAUUUCACAAAAGAAGGGCCUUUUAAAUUGUCACAGCAUUAGUGUUUAAGUGUGUUUAGUUAACCAUUGACAGGGUUUCCGUUUUGUUCCCUUAUUUGGAACAUGUGAGGUCAAAAUUUCAAACAUCCCAGUAGGUUCACACUGUUGCACUGUAGGUCAGCUGGCAUCCCUAGGAUUUUCUGCUGCGCCUGCAUGUUUGUCAUUGAGCACUGGGUCUAGGAAGUGGCAUUCUAAGGGAAUUAUGGGAGUGAAUUACAAUUCUUUUGUAUUUGUUCCAAGAUCUAAAGUUAAAUCCCUGACUUUACCUUUGUUGCUUUUGGCUAAUGGAGUAAUUUGUUUUGAGGAUAUCCCCAGGCAAAAUACUGUAUUUUAUUUUAUUUUUUUUUAUAAACAGAGACUUUCAGCUUCAUUUCUUCUGUCCAGUGUCCUCGGAUGUCAUUCCACCCAGUCUAUCCAGUGUGUUUCACUCCCAUUUACUCUAUGAACACUCCAGUUUAAGAAUAAAGGUCCUCAUUGGUAACAUUAAACUGUUCAUGAUCAAAUUCAGAAGCAUGCAAAUCAGUUGAGAUACUGCCCCUUUUCUCCAUCUUCUAGUUUUCUUUUUAAUCAUGAAUCAUAUUACCUCUAUGAUCAAAAUAACUUGUGUAAAAAGUAUUUUCCUUUUUGUUUUUUGGCUAAAAAUCUAUUUUUAAUGGGUCUCUGCUCAAAUGAUCUAAUCAAAAAUAAUUUAUAAUAACAGUGAUAAAGAUUUGAGCAGAUCAUUGUAAUUGGCAGCCUGUAGUAAAUCGUUAAGAGCAAGCUUGAAUGAAAAGUGGGACGGGGGACUUUGUAUUAAAGUCCUGUCUUAUGGGAGUCUAUGUUUGUUACUUUAUCCCCAAAAGAGAGCGCUUUGAACAUCAAAUACUCCAAAAUUGAGCACUUGCUUAAUUGGAUUUCCUGACUUGUAGCAGCAAAACACCCAGGUUGAGUUUUUUUUUUUUUUUUUAUGUAUAAAACUAAUCCUUGGGUUCUCAUUUUGUGGUUUUAUUUAUACUUUGUGUACAUAGGUAUAUAUAUGUAUAGCUUGAAUGUAUGAGCUUGAUCAUUAACCACAACGAUUACCACAGUGUAGUAAUGUUCGGUACCACUGGUAACUGUGAAAUUUUGACAACGAUCAAAAAGAGAAGCUGCAGCCCAUCUUGUAUAUACAGUUUCUUGCCCAGCUCUGUGGGCUUACCGGUGCUGUUUUUCAGGUGUCUCACUUCAAUGUUUCAAGCUUGCUCUUAAGUUCUGGGUCUGUCAACACUCCAUUUUUUUUUUUUUUUGGUCAAACUGCUCUUGCUUUGUUAGUAGUUCACUUGGAUUUUUCAAUCUCUUAGCUUUGAGACCAUGUUCCUCCUUUAGAGUUAGUAAUGUUUUUUUGUUUUUAUUGUGGUGUUCUUCCAUGUGCCAGGUUGUUCAAGGGAUAAGAUUAUUUUGAUCAUAGAGUAUAAAGGUUGUACAUGAUAAGUGGGACGUGGUGGAUUCAUCAGAGAAACACUUGGAGAUACGGCUAGAUGGGUGAAAUGGGCAAGAAAUGCUUGAAAAGCAAACAUGGGGAAGCCUCAACAAAAAUAAAAAAAAUAAAGGUUUUUAUUAACUGUUCUUCAGUCUCGUUUCUUCAUCAUUUAAAAGAGCGUGUAAAAUAAUGCAUGACAUAGGUCUUUGUCCCAGAAGACGUGUUGGCAUGUCCAGUAGAAAAGUCCAGGUGUAAACAAAGCAGAGUUGCUUUGGGUUCUGAGUCCUAUUGUUUUGCUGGCUGAUUUACUGUACUAGCUUUAGAGCCACUGUUAUUAUUAGUGACCCCCUAAUGAUAACUACGUUAAAAUGUUUGUGGAAAAAAGGUCUUACUGUAAAGGCACAGGAUGCAUCUGUCAAUGACAAACACAGCUGAGUAUACAACCAGUGAAGAGUGCAGUCAGGGACGUGUGGUCUCUGGCUUUAAGCACGUUCCUGUCGUAUCUGUGACAUAUUACAACCUGAAAAAACACGUGGUCUCUAAUGAGCCAAUUUCUUACUCUAGUAAAGACAAGUGACUCGAGGUUUACAGAGACAGGGCUUAAAUUUGAAUAUGUGCAUCAGUCUGUGGCAACACUGUUCUUGUGAGUCCUGACUUGUAUAAUAAAUCCAAGAAAGGUGUCCAAAUGCCCACCUCUGUGCUGUUAUUAAUAACUGGCCCACAUACCAUCACCCCACUCUGG